AUGUCUACCCCAUCCCUGCCCCCAAUAGUUCCCUACACAUCUAUGAACGUUUCGGGCGAUGAGCGAAGCUCCGCCAUCGAUUUUGUCAAUCGACUCAACUUUCUCUUUGAAGAAUGGGACACACCAAAGAUCCUACAAGCCUUUGUUCCAGAUGUGAAAGUUUUGCACGUCCACGGCACACUUCAUGGACAUGAGGAUAUCAUCGAAUUCUGGAAGAAGGUAUACCAUCCUUUCAUACCCGGUGUUCACCGGCACGCUUCCAAUCAUAUUGUGGACCGAGACGAGGAAACCGGUGGCGUCUCGGUGCGCUACCAUAACUACCUCUACCGCUACGCAUGGCCAGACGACACCGAGGGGAUCAAGGGCACUGUGUUACAGUAUAAAGAGGACACGGAAGGAUUACCAGCACUCUGGAACGGAGUUACGAUGAUGGACCGAUUGGUUCUUUCAGCAGAUGGGUGGAAGCUCAAGGAACGAGUGCUUGGCGGAUUGGUGGCUAACAAGGAGCUGAUGCCUGAUGCUAAAUCGAAAAAAUGA